AUGGAUAAGGAAGUACCUGAGAACGCCAAUGAGCACUGCCCUGGCGCGAAUUCUUCAGCAGCCGGUAAAGAGUCUGCCUGCAAGGGAUGCCCCAAUCAAUCCGUUUGCGCCUCUGGAACACUCGAAGUCAAUCCUGCCAUCGCAGUAAUUGCCGACAAGCUAAAAUCUAUCAAGCAUAAGAUCCUGGUGCUUUCUGGCAAGGGAGGAGUAGGCAAAAGCACAGUAGCCACCCAAUUAGCGCUUCUGCUUUCCCAAAAGCACGAGGUGGGACUUCUUGAUGUGGACAUAUGUGGUCCUAGUGUGCCCACUAUGCUCGGCCUGGUCGGCCAGGAAGUCCAUCAAAGCAACGCAGGAUGGUCCCCCGUCUUCGCUGGCGACCUUGCAGUCAUGUCCAUCGGUUUCCUCCUCGGCAAUCAAAACGAUGCAGUCAUCUGGCGUGGUCCCCGCAAGAACGGCCUCAUCCAGCAGUUCCUGCAGGAAGUCAACUGGGGCGACCUUGACUACCUCAUCAUCGACAGUACACUCGCUAAUAACGCAGCUCCUCCGGGAACCUCAGACGAGCACCUCUCCUUGCAAUUUUUGAAGUGCGGAUAAAACGACGGGGCGAUUGUUGUUACAACUCCUCAGGAAGUGGCCUUGGCUGACGUCAGGAAGGAGCUGAGCUUCUGCGUUAAGACCGGCAUUCCUAUCAUCGGUGUGGUGGAAAAUAUGAGUGGCUUCGUAUGCCCUAAUUGCAAAUGCCAGGCAGAUCUCUUCUCAGCUUCAUCUGGAGGAGCUACCAAGAUGUGCGAGGAGUUUAAAUCGCUUAACCUCAUCAGUUAUGAUGUCCUGCAGAAUGAGGGUGAUACAGACGUGGGGUGCGAUUCGAAGAUAAAAAGUGGGAUAUCCCACCCACAGAUGCGUGAAACCUUCACGAGCGACUGUCUUGCCCAUGGCAUCGAAGAUGUUUCUGUAGGGGAAGGUUCCAUCAGGCAACUUCUUCAUCUUUUGCAGCUUGGUCUUGGCGUUAUCGAAUGGCAGACUGCAGAAGGAGGAGAGGAAUCCUGA